GUAGCACACCAGUAGGAAAGCCGGCGCUGACAGGAGGAAGGACAGGACGGGACUCUUCUCUGUGAGGCGGGCUGGUAAGAAGCAGAGCAGCGGGCCGUCAUGGACAGGACGGCCGUGGUGAAGGUCGGAGCCGCGGCAAGCGCUAGCGUAUGUGUUCUGGUCGGCGGCGUAGCACUGGCCCAAUAUAUUGUCACCAAGAAGAAACGGGCCGGGAAGAAAACGAAGAUAAUAGAAAUGAUGCCUCAGUUUGAGAAACCAACUGUCCACAUGAGGGACCCUGAGCGGGUGGAGCAGAUCAUCUGUGGCCUCAUAAAAGGAGGAGCUUCCAAACUGCAGAUCAUCACAGAUUUUGACAUGACGAUAAGCAAAUUUGCUGUAAAUGGAAAGCGAUGUCCGACGUGUCACAAUGUUAUUGACAACUGCAAACUGGUGACAGAGGAGGGCAGGCAGAAGCUGCUGCAGCUGAAGCAUAAAUACUAUCCCAUUGAGAUCGACCCUCACCUCAGUAUGGAGGAGAAGUUUCCAUUUAUGGUGGAGUGGUAUUUUAAGUCCCACUCGAUACUUGUGGAGCAGCGCCUGGAGAAAGACAAACUACCGGAGGUGGUGAGGGAGUCUGACGUUGCACUCAGAGAAGGGUUUGAGCAGUUCUUUGAUCGCCUGCAUCAGCACAACGUGCCCGUCUUCAUUUUCUCUGCCGGUCUGGGAGAUGUCCUUGAGGAAAUCAUUAGUCAGGCUGGAGUUUAUCACCCCAACAUUAAGGUUGUUUCCAACUUCAUGGACUUCGAUGACAGCGGCGUCAUAAAGGGAUUCAAAGGCGAGCUCAUCCACGUGUACAACAAACACGAUGGUGCCCUGCGGAGCACGGAGUACUUUAAACAGCUGAGGGACAACAGCAACAUUAUCCUGUUGGGUGACUCAAUGGGAGACCUCAGCAUGGCUGACGGCGUCCCCAACGUAGAGCACAUCCUCAAGAUCGGCUUCCUUAAUGACAAGGUGGAGGAGCGUCUGGACAAUUACAUGGACUCUUAUGACAUCGUCCUUGUGAAGGACGAGACUCUGGAAGUGCCCAACGCCAUCCUUCAGAAGGUUUUAUAACUCCAGCUCAUGAUGUCCUCUUCACCACAGGGCCAGUCAGACUCUUUAACCAGCAUUUUUCUUUAAUUCUCUUCCUGUGGACCCCCACCGGCCUCUUAAAAGGAAAGUUCACAUUACCUGAAUGAACUGUUUCUAAAGUCCCUACGGCAGCCUGUCUCUGGUGUGUUUUCAGUCAACAAAUGUUUCUCUUGAGUCAUUUUAAUGAUGUAACAAUGAUGAGAGCAUGCAAAUUAUCACUCCAACUUUAUAAUUUGCACAUUAUUGUAAUCAGCAUUAUUUUUAGAAGUAUUUUUGAUAUUGCAAUAUUUGUACACGAAAUGAGGGGUUUCUGGGGGUAUUUAAUGCCCACCUGGUCAGUGUUUCAAAUGAAGCUAUUGAUCUUCAUUUUAGCUAAAAUAUUGUAAAUUAAAACCAUAUGAGAAAUAUAUAGAGUCAUAAAGCACAUAAAGGACCUUUAAAAUAUAUUUUUAGACAAAAAACUGAAUGUUUUGCUCAAAGAGAGCUGCAACAGGACAAUGAGGAUUAGUAAAAACAAACAGGGUUUGGGUAAUUAACAGGAAAUGUAUAAGAUCAUAAUUAUUAUAAAAGACAAAAUGCACUUUAAAUUAUUUCAUAUGGAAAAAUUAAUCCAAUGUGCAUGAGCACAUGUGGCUGUAGCUUUAGUUUGUGGAUGUAGGAAAAAUGUAUUGCACAAAAACGAAGCCAUGUUUACACACGUUUUUUUUACUUCAAAUUACUAAUUUGAUAUCAUUCAAUCCAAAGAGGAGAAAAGAGGCUUUUUGUUAGGUAAAGUAAAGAUUAAUGGAGUCAACCAUUUUUCCAUCAAAUUAUUCUUUGCAAUAUGAAGGUUGGAAACAAUACUUCGUGUUGAAGUGACCUCUAGUGGUCAGUGACAGCAGUUGCAAAGUGAGUAUCAUUUCUCUCGUAAAUAAAGAUUUCUUUAUUUAUGAAAUGUUUCACUGUCUCAUUAGAUAGAGGUAAAUAUGCUGCUGCACGUGGUUCAUUACAUCCCAGUAAAACUUGUUAAAAGUGAUUUAAAAUCUGUGGUAAAAGUUCAGAUCCACCUCUAAAUUAUUCAGAUUUUUCUGGAGCUCCAAAGGUAGAAUUUCUCCACCUGUUUGUGUCAUCAUCUUGUGUUUAAAAGUAUUUUUAGUGUGUGUGUGUGUGUGUGUUUUAAAUGUGCUGCUAUCACCUGCAUGUUGCCUUUUCUUAUUGUAGAGUUUACGUCAAAGACAUGAGUACAAGUGUACACACCAACGAUAACAUCAUACUAUACAUGGAGAUGUAUAUUGUUUUUCUGCAUUCAAGAUAUUUCAGAAGUUUUGACUGGUUUGUUUUAUUUUUAUAAGCGGGUGACUUAUUUUGACGGUGUGAGGAAAAAAUGGCAAUAAAAAUUCAUUUUGUGAGGCUGCCAGUGCAUCACAGGAUGGAGUUUAGACCCCCAAA